AGCCUUAGCCAACAAUUAACUCAUCACAGAUUCACACAAACCAGGAGAAAGAGAAGGAGAUCGAGCGAUCGAGGUGCCCGUCGAUCAUCUGUGAAGCUAGCUAUAUUAGCUCGGAUCGCCAUGGCGAAAGCUAGGGUGAACCUGACCGUCGUCGUCGGCCUGUCCCUGGUGGCUCUCCUCGUCCUCACCGCCGUCGAGGAUGUCGGCGUCUCCGCCGACAAUGAAAUCGGCUACACGACCAUGAACCACGACGACAUCCCUGGAACACCAAAGCUCCUCCACCCCGGCGGUCCCGCAAACACGUACACGCGUGGAUGUGAGAAAGAACAGGAUUGCAGGGAUUAGCAGGAUGUCGCGAGAUGUCAUGCAUGAUCGAUCGAUCCCACUGAAGCUUGCAAUCACGUUCGAUUGGAUUAAACUUCGUUUGGUGCUCUAGGGGAGCUUUUCAACAAUAUAAUUCAUAUAGCAGUAUAUUUUUAUUUGAGUUAGUAAUGACUUCUAUAUAUCUCUACUAUCACAAAAAUUUAAGUUGUUUUUACCGAUAUUUUGGUACGUCAUCCGUGUAUGAGUCGGUUUUUAAGUUUGUUUGCUUUUGGAAAUA